AUGUUACAAACAACUUUAAUUUUCCUUUUAUUGACUGUAAAUAUUGUCUUUGCUCUGGAAACAAAUCUGAAAUGUUUCAUCCAAAAAUACGUCAAUGAACUUCCGUGUUCGUUGCCGACAAUUGAUAUGGAUGAGUUGUGCAAAGAAGCGGAUACAAUGAGAAAAUCGUCUUGGGAAGACGCUCAUAUCCCUGGUGAACGGGCCUGGCGAAUGCUCUGCGAGAAUCAAGAUGGAGCCUCUGUGCUCAAAGCACUUGAGUGUAGCCAAAACGCGAACACAAAGAAUAAUAUUGCCGACAAGUGUGGCGACGUCAAUUUUGGGAGUUGCAGUGAACUUGGGACUGCGCGUACCUGUUUGGUAAGAGAAUUGAAAACUCUAUGCGGAAACGAUCGAGCAACUUCUUUCUUGACUGAGGCCUACAUGAACAACGAUGAUCGCCGCGGGACACCGAUUUUCGAUUGUCGAGAAGUGAUCGCCAAAGUGGUUGGCCUUAAAGCUUGG